GGUUUACAAUGCCAUUGAUUGAUUUAAUUUCUCAUUACAUUUCUAUUGUAACGUAGAAAUAGUCCAUACCGUCCGGCAUAUACCGACGAGGAGUAUUUAUCAGUCGUAAACGUGUUAUCACAUAUAACAGGAAGUGUUUUAACGAGUCCGUAAUACAGCUGUAGGAAUAUUGUGCGACCAAUUAAUCGUUUGGCUGUUUAUUUCGACUGUGGGAACUGCUAUAUGGGGUUGAAUGAAAGUGGGCUGAUCGAGCGAGACUGUUCAGGAUGGGGCGCGUGCCCGGGUUUGGUCUGCAAUUGAGGCUGCUACUAUGGAAAAACUGGCUGACCAAGAAACGACAUCCGGUGGUCAGUAUCUUGGAAGUGGUCAUCCCGCUGGUUCUGUUUGUGGUGAUCCUGUGUAUCCGCCGCUCACAGACUGUAUAUCCGCAGCCAACACGUCACUAUCGGGCCCAGCCUCUGUUGUCAGCAGGCGUGGUUCCCGUCCUCCAGACGUUCUGUGUCCACGACGGCUCCAGGGCAGAAAGUGUCUUCACCAGGGACAACCCGCGAUUGGAGGAAGUUUUGCGGACAGUAACUAUGGUAGCGGAAGGUCUGGAACCGCUUCUGGAACGUCUAGGCUCCGAUGAUGGUGUCAGCGUGAACGCGACGCUAGACACGCUACUGGACAUGGCUUCCCGCGUACCGAAGAAUUUUACAUCGAUUCCUCUCUCUUCUCUUCUGAAUAACUCUACAGAGACGUCCGGCCGUUUGAACGGCGACUUCCGGUUGAUUGAGGUAACGGCCCAGAAACUACUGGAGAGUAACGUCAACGUGGCGGCGGUUGUUGACCUGGUGCUGCAGUUGAUUUCUGAGAAUGCAGAGACCAUUCUUGCGUCAAGAGGCGAUCCAGCCUCGUUGAGAGAUCCGCUGCCCGCCAAGGUUCGUGAAGCCGUAUGCCGCGCUGACAAGAUGGCGAACGCCAGUGCACACCUGGCUGUUCUUCUACCCUCUUCCGGUGUGGAGUCAGCAGAAAUGGACGAGCUGGUUGAAGGUCUGUGCGGAAUGCCGGAGAAUGAUUUCGAGGAACUUGUGCAAUAUUUCUUGACCAGCGUCAAUAUAACCGCCUUACUACAACAGACCCGAGCAGAAGAUUUGAACCUUUCAUGGAUAACCUCACAGGAAGUACUGUCCAUGCUGGCGGCCCUAGAGGUUGCGGGCCGGAAGUUGGUGCCGCCCUGGCUGGCCGGGGAGCUCGGCUGCGUGUCCUUCCAGAAACAUAUCAACGAGAUUAGUAAACCUGAGACCCGAGAGAAACAUUGGCGAAAGUUUUGGACGCUGAUUGAACCGUUGCUUUGCGGAAGUGACGUCAAGAAAGCUCGUGAUCUUCAUGAAUCAGCGAAAGAAGAAGCGCCUUUUAAUCACGACCAGAAAGCGCUACUGGAAGUCAUAUACCGGCUGCAACACCGAGCGCCGCGUAUCCUGUACGCCCCAAACAACACCUUGGUCAACACCCUCAUACACAAGGUGAAUGAGACGUUCAGACUGGUGGAGAACAUCACGAGGUCGGUCAGGCGGCUGUCCCAGGAGGUGCCCCAGGUCACGGACAGGCUCUGGAAAAUGACGGACAACUCAACCUCAGCUGUAGUGGAUGUGUUGGUCAAGCACGGACAGCGGGCAGUGAGCGGCCUGGGAGAUCUGACGUGCCUGUGGCUGACCGGGGUGGGCAGCGUCAACUUGGACCUUUUCCGGGGCUUUUCAUCUGAGGCGGACCUGGAGAACUACUUCCUUACCAGACAGUUCCGGGAUAACGUCACCGUCAUCGCUGGCUUAGUGUUCGAUAACCUCGGUGACGUCAAUCUGCCACGUCAUAUCCGGUACCGUAUUCGACAGAACGCUACCUUGAACCCGCCGACCAAUCAGGUGCGAGCGCCAAUAUGGUAUCCAAGCCCGGGAUCCAACAACCUAGAUUACUACAACUUUGGCUUUGUCUGGAUACAGGAGGCUAUAGAACGGGCGAUUGUGUCCCUACAAACGGGCACGGCCUAUUUCCGGCAUGGCGCGCUGCUCCACCGGAUGCCCUACCCCUGCUGGAACUGGGACCAGUUUGUGUGGCUGAUCCAGCACGUUGUGCCGCUGUGCCUGAUGCUGGCUUGGGUGUACGCGGUGGCCAUACUCGUGCAGAGACUCGUGCACGAGAAGGAAGUCCGGCUAAAGGAGGUGAUGCGGAUGAUGGGCCUAGGGGACGGCGUACACUGGAGCGGCUGGCUGAUCACUUCUGGUCUCCAAUUCUCCCUGACGGCGGCCGCGAUUACGGUGAUGCUCCACGCUGGGAACGUUCUUCCUCGCUCCAACCCAAUUAUCAUCUUUAUCUACUUGGAGACGUUCGCCAUCUCGUCCAUAGCAUUCUCAUUCCUGGUGGCGAGUGUGUUUUCCCGGGCGAAGCUGGCGGCGGCGUGUGCCGGCAUCUUCUACUUUGUCACCUACGUGCCGUACAUGUACAUCGCCGUUACCGAAAGUGUCCGGAAGACGCAGACUUCCGCAAGCAUCAAGUGUGCAGCGUCGCUGCUGUCAACGUCAGCCCUUGGUUUAGGCGGAAAGUAUCUGUUUCUGUACGAGUUGGAGGGGUCGGGGCUGCAGUGGGUGACCCUUGGGAGCUCACCCCGGGAGAAGGAUGACUUCUCAAUGCUUCACGCUCUAGUUAUUAUGGCUGGGGACACUCUACUGUACUUUCUGCUGGCCUGGUACAUCGAGAAUAUAUAUCCGGGUGCUUACGGUAUCCCGAAGCCGUGGUAUUUUCCACUCACGCCUAGCUUCUGGUGCGGUGUCACAUCAGAUAUGACGUCAUGGUCACCCGAGCGACUGUUUGGGAUUCGUAAAAAAUAUCGUCUGCAACAUAACCAAAGUGACACUCGUACGGAAAACGACAACUACGACUCGGGCGUGUAUUGGUGCGGAUGUAGCCAGGAAUGUGACUGUCGGAUGGAGGCCGGGCCGACAGGUCUGAAGCCAGCCGUGGUGGUAAACAAUCUCCGGAAGACGUACGAUGGAAAGGAUGGACGGGCGGCAGUGGACGGUUUGACCUUCACCUUGUAUGAGGACCAGGUCACCGCCUUCCUGGGGCAUAACGGCGCCGGGAAAACAACGACCAUGAGUAUUUUAACGGGCUUGUUUCCUCCUACGUCGGGCACGGCGACCGUGUACGGACUUGACGUCAGGACGUCAAUGCGCGAGCUUCGUCGUGACAUGGGCGUCUGUCCACAGCAUAACGUGUUAUUCGACUGUAUGACGGUAGAGGAACACAUUCUAUUUUACUCAAGAUUGAAAGGCGUUUCAUUGAAGGACGCGAAGACAGAAAUAAAAAGACUUCUGUCGGACCUGGGUAUGGAGGCCAAGCGAAAUUGUCUGCCGGGCGCCCUAUCUGGAGGUAUGUGUCGAAAGUUGUCAAUCGCCAUUGCCUUCGUCGGCGGCGCGCGGACGGUGCUCCUUGAUGAACCGACAGCUGGCGUGGACCCGUACUCCCGACGAGCGAUCUUGAAACUGCUCGCACAGUAUAAGAAAGGGCGAACGAUCUUUGUGUCCACUCACCACCUUGACGAAGCAGAGGCUAUUGGUGACCGGAUAUUGAUCAUGGCAGAGGGGCGCAUGCGCUGUGGUGGCUCUUCCACGUUUCUUAAGCGUCAUUAUGGCGACGGGCACCAGUUGCAAGUGUCAUUCACUUCCGGUCAAAUGAAUAUCCAGGCUAAAUCUGUGUUAGAAAUUAUAAAAUCUUAUGUUCCACGAGCUCAUAUGAAGAGUAUUAGCACACAAGAAGUUUGUUUUGUUGUACCAGUGGACACAAGUGAACGAAAAUGUCUUGUGGAUGUGAUGCAUUGUUUGCGGGAAAGAAAAGACGACCUUCAUAUUGGCACAUUUGGAUUUAGUGACUGUGGCCUGGAGAGCGUUUUCAUCAAGGUCAAUGCAGACAAGCUAGGAAAAGAUUCUCACAAUCUACAGCUGGACGCCCUUGGUUCUUCAGUGAACAUUUCAGAAAACGAUUUCAGUGUCAAUGAACCGCCGGAGUCAUUUUCUGAUGAUGUCGAUCUUCUAGACAACCAUUUCAACACGGACGACAAUCGCCGUAGCUUUAUGGAUCACAUGAAAGCUUUGUUCAUCAAGCGCCUGUGGCUUAUGCUGCGGAACAGGAAGGCGCUCGUCUCGCAGGUGCUACUUCCGGCGCUGUUCGUGUCCAUUUCCAUGACCAUUGCGCUGACGGCCCCUCGGGUAGCGGACCCUGAUCCCAUCGAAAUGUCCACCGCCCAAUACUUUGAGGCCACACAACCGGUUGGAAACUUUGUGCCAUUCUCUUUAAAUAAAGACUCAAGAAGCAACGCAAAAAGAAGUGUUGAUGGAAAGUUAAAGUCAGAAAAUAUACCAGAAAGACUUCUGGAAACAUUUUAUUUACCGUCUGGGCUUGGUGCUGCUUGUUUAUUAAAAACUUUGAAUUCAAGUGACCUGCAUAAAUCACCUAUCAUAACAAGAAACAUGUUUGAUGAAAGUUGCUCGCAGUAUUUUGAAAAGGAAACGAAACUCACAUUUUCAAGUGUCCAGUCUUUUCCUGAUUUAGUGGGAAACUACAGACUUUCAGUAAAUAAUGAUGAAUGCAAAUGCAAAGCCGAUAACACCGGACUUUCAUGUGAAGAGAAACAAGAACCGAGUAAAUGGCGCCUGCCCAUGGGUGACGUCAUACAGGAUAUAACAUCAGACACCGGAAAUGACGACGAUUUCUACUUGUAUUCGAAUGAUGUUUACCGACGUCAUAGGUACGGCGGGUACACUUUCGGCGGUGACUUGAGUUAUGUGCCGGAAAUCCUGAAAAAUAAAAGUAACACCGGAAAUGCUGAUAACAUCGUUGCAAUGUUUGCUGUUAAAGACCAUUCAAAGGUAUGGUACAACCAGAAGGGGUACCACUCGAUGCCUGUCUACCUAAACACCUUCCACAAUGCCCUUCUGCGAGCCUCUCUUCCAUCUCACAUGGGCGACCCGGCCUCCUACGGAAUAACUUUGUUGAACCACCCGAUGAAACAAACAACCAAUGAUUUCCUCAACUCAGACUACAUUAAGGGCGGUACUGACGUGUUGAUGGCGAUAUUCGUGAUCGUCGCUAUGUCGUUUGUGCCGGCCAGUUUCGUGGUCACUCUGGUCCACGAGCGGUCAGUCCGGGCCAAGCACCUGCAAAUGUCCAGCGGUCUCCGGCCAGUCACAUACUGGCUAGCCAACUUUCUAUGGGAUAUGUGUAACUGCCUGUUACCGACGGUGUGCAUUAUCGGGGUGCUGCUAGUCUUCCGGAUAGAUGCAUACGUAGAGGGAGACAACUUGACCGCUGUUAUACUGCUCUUCCUUGUGUACGGUUGGACGAUGACGCCGAUGAUGUAUCCGGCCAGUUUUCUAUUCACGGAGCCCAGUGUGGCGUACAUCUGUCUCAUCGUCGCUAACCUCUUCAUCGGCAUCACCUCCGUACAGAUCAGCUUCAUGCUCAAACUGUUCGACUUCUCUCAGAGUGUUUCUGCGUGGAACGAGUUUCUAGGGGAUGUGUUCCUUAUCUUCCCCAACUAUUGCCUUGGUAACGGAAUGAUGACUGUCGCCCUGAAUCACUAUAGCAACCAAUACUACAGUCACCUGGGCUACUUCGACAAGAUGACGUCAGCAAUGACGUGGAAAAUAGCGGGAAAGAGGCUGGUUGCCAUGGUUGUGAUGGGCAUGGUGUCGUUUGCAGUUACUCUUCUUAUUGAAUAUAAACUCUUUUGUAGGACUAGGGUGAAAAGCUACCCGGCAAAUCGAAUAAUACCUGACGAAGAUGUUGACGUCGAGUUUGAAAGACGCCGAACGAUGACGUCAUCAGCAGAUAAUGACGUAGUUAGACUACAAGGCCUUUCAAAGGUCUACCACAAACGGAGAGGUGGUUCGGUGAAGGCGGUAGACAAUUUGACCUUCUCUGUUCCAAGAGGCGAGUGUUUCGGAUUGCUGGGCGUGAACGGAGCUGGCAAGACGUCAACGUUCCGCAUGCUCACAGGAGACUUACGGCCGACGUUCGGGGACGUCAAACUUCUAGGUCACAGCGUGACAGCCACGGGAUUGGACACCCAACGUCACGUGGGCUACUGUCCCCAGUAUGACGCCAUCUUUGACGAGUUGACGCCACGACAACAUCUCAGUCUGUACGCUAGGCUCCGGGGAAUACCUGCAAUGUACCGCGAUACGGCAAUCCGGAAGUGCCUGACGACGCUUGGUGUGUGGCGGUACGCGGACCAAGCGGCUGGUCAGUUGAGCGGUGGGACUCGCCGGAAGUUGUCAACGGCCAUAGCCCUCAUUGGAGACCCGCCCCUUGUCCUCCUUGACGAGCCUACUUCCGGUUUGGAUCCCUGUUCGAAGCGCCACUUGUGGAGCGUCAUAGAGCGACAGACAAGCCGGGGCACAGCUGUCGUCUUCUCUUCACACAGCAUGGAGGAGUGUGAGACGCUGUGUGACAGGCUUGCCAUUAUGGCCGCCGGUCGCUUGCGGUGCCUUGGGACGCUCCCUCGCCUAAAAGCUCAACACGGAAGUGGAUAUUCGGCUACCGUCGUCGUCUGUUCACCGAAUACGCUUUCUGCCGUACGCAGUCAUCUUGAGGGGUCUCUACGUGGAGCGAGUGUUGGCUAUCAAGGCAGUCACGCCCUGCUGGUGGAACUUCCGAUCACGUGCUGGGAACUACCGGAAGUACUAGAGGCCCUGGAGAAAAUACCGGUGACGCUUGGUGUCGUUGACUACAGCAUCAAUCAAAAUACACUUGACAAGGUAUUUAUAAAAUUUGCAACAGAACAAGACAAAGUCAAAGACACCGAUGACAGUCUCGACUGCAACUCGACGCUUAGUGACGUCACUUUGAACGAUGACGUCACUCUAGAAAUGACACAACGUGACACAAGUGGUUCAGACAAUGCUUUGAUCGAGAUCUUAUAAUAAUUUAUUUAAUAGCUCCACCAUGAUGGUGGUUUUAUUUAAGAUGUUUAUGUGUUCAUUUCAAAAUCUGUAAUUCCAUUGUUUGUACAAAGCUCAAAGCAGAAACAAGAUAUUUGUUGAGAGUGAUAGAGGUGCAGCCCUAACUUCUUACUGUGUGAUAUUUCCCCAUUCCGUCCUGAACUUUGUGAUUGUAUGUUGUUAAUCAUGUUGUACGCUUGAUUGCUUUGACUUUAUUUUUGUUUUGUUUUUAUAUCAUAUUUAUUGUUUAUAUUUAAUCAUUUAUACCAGUGUUGGUGUAUUAUUUAUUUUGUUACAUAUUUAUGCAAAAUGUGACAACUUUGAGAUCAAAUUAUUUUGCUCGUUAAAUAUCCAACUAUAUAAAGAGCAUUGCAUUGAAUAACCUGGUGCUUUUAUUUAUGAUGUAAAUAUUUGUGUUGAAGGAUUCGAUGGAAUAUAAAUUAUUUCCCUCGUUCUUUACCGUGAGCUGUUUGUCCAAACGCAGACUAAAAUAUCCACUUUCACGUGCUUAUUAGGACAUUCCUUUCCAAUACCAAAUUCAGCAUGCUAGUAAAUGAUUACUUCAAGAACACUGGAUAGGCAUUUCCGGUGAAUUCAUCCGUGCUGGAAAACUCCAUCUGGCUUUCAAUGCUAGAUGAGUCACGCGCUGUGAUGCAAUACUUUGUAUUUCUUUUUUAUUCAUUUUAUGAAAGCAAAAUUAUGAUAUUUCAAUAGACUAUUUCCAUAAACAUUCACUUUACAAAAAUAAGAUGCAAAUCAUUAUUAUUAUUAUUAUUAUUAUUAUUAAAAUUUAUUAUUAUUAUUAUUAUAAUAAUUAGGAUACCAACCACCACCACUAUCGCCGGGCCUUGAUGGUAUUGUAUGGUUUGUCCCCCUGUCCUAAGAAAUUUGUUUCAUGUCACAAACCAGACACAGGCAUUGUUGGCUAAGAAGAAACGUUGAUAUCGCUAGCCGUGAUCAGUGACGCCAAAAUAUCAUGAUUUUGGCGUAUGGAACCGAUUUGAUGGUUUAUUUGACAGGAAUGGUGAUGAACGUAACUUGUUUACAGGGUUUUAUGAACUUGUACUCGUGCAAAAAGUAAAUUGAAUAAUACAACACGAGGUUUUAAAAUCCUUCAACGUGUAAUCUAAAGCGUACAUUGUUGUUAAGGUUAGAUAUUAUCAUGACAAACAUCAAACUCCAUUUCUUAAACAUAUCUUUUCUUCAAGAUAAGGUGUCUUGGUUAUGAAGCCAAGUACAAGUAUCGAUUCGCUGUUACAAUACAUCUAUUAGCGUAUGGUCAUUGCCGCCAAUUGUACCAGGCUGUUUGAAAUACUCAUCGAUCUACAAUUCAGAAAUGAACAGUUGUUCAUGGCAGUUUCAUUCCCAUAGAUAAUCAUCUUCGGAAAUAUGAAUGACGCAGAAAUUACUUUUUUUAUUCAUGACCGAAAAGUACAUUUAUAAUUUCCAUUGAUGUCCUACUAUUCAAUAAAUACAUAUCAAACUACUGUGCUAUACGUAAAG